AAGUCCAGACACAUGCGGAGCUCAGAGCCCGGAGCCACUCUCUGUCUCUCACUCUCUCUCUCUCUCCCUCUCUUUCUCUCUCAGUCCGUUUUAAUACUGUCCUCCUGACCUGCUCUCUCAAUAAACCCGCCGUGUCCCGUCAUCGCCCCGUGUCUCCAGCAGCGCGCUCGAUGUCUGAGGUCUGAUCCGUGAACUUCUCCAUGCAUGCGCGUGCUCGCGGAGAUGCGGACGCUGCUGAUCAGGCUGGAUCUGGUCUCGUGAGCCAGUGGUGUGGAAUUCUGUUUUCGCUUUGAAAACUGCUGCUUGGACAAAUGCAUACAAAUGCAUUUAGGAGCCCAACGGACAAGGAGUGGACAGGUUUCUCCCACAACGACAACGAGAUUCCUCGUCCUCCUCCUGUCAACAUGUGUGGUGCCGCUGUCAGCAGAAGAGCCAUCGGCAGCUCCAGGUGUAGACCUUAUUCAUCAGCUGGGCCUUUCCGGUCGGAGAGACACACACUCUUCUGGGACACCUUACCUCACCUCCCUUGCCUCAUCUCUGUCCAUCCUGCCCCCUGGUGUUGGGGUUAUCCUCGGACCCGAUGCCCUCAUUGAGGCCCCAUCAGUGGACCUGCUCCCCGCAGGCGUAGUGGAGGAGUUUUCUAUCAUAGUGAGUUUAAGCUCCUGGCGAGCGAACAAUGCCUUUAUUUUUAGUGUGCGUGAUGGCAGGGAUAGACUGCAGUUCGGCUUGCAACUCCUGCCUGGAAGGGUAGUGGUUUACAUAGGCGAGAAAGCAUCGAUCUACUUCAAGUAUGAUGUGCAAGAUGGACAAUGGCACUCCUUCUCUGUGGGGGUCCGGCCACGCUCCGUAUCUUUCCAAGCACGCUGUGGGGCUGUGCAGUACAGCGAGGAAACACUGACCCGAACACAGACUCUGAGCUCUGAAGGCCGCCUCUCUGUGGGAAGGAUGGACUCCAGGGCGGUGCAGUUUGAAGGAGCAUUAUGCCAGCUGGAUAUUUACCCCUCGGCCCAAGCUGCGGCGCACUACUGCGACUUUGUUAAAAAACAGUGCAGACUGUCCGACACCUUCCGAUCUCAUUCAGGGAGCUCAGAGUCCCGAUUCCCAUCGGUUUCACCAUCCACAAAGUUCCACCGCAGCUCUUCGGAAUCACACACAUUUAUCCAAACUCUUGUUGACCACUCCGCCAACUCUAUUCCCACAGCACUUUUUGACCAGUUUUCAACCACAAGCUCGCCGAUGUUUCACUCCAGCACACCCAGGCACAUGAACACAUCUCCAAAAACCUUCGGCAAGGUGCAAUCCCUGGACCUCACUCCAGAGACUUCCACGAGCAACCCCCCAACAGAGAAGACCCUUGAUGGUGAAAAUGAUACUGAGAAUCAGCCGCUUCUCAAGAAGCCCAGAGCAACUCGGGCCACCCCAGACUUGAUCAGCAUCAUCAAGCAGAGCCGUUUGAAAGAGGCCUUGAGGAAUGACGGUAGACCCCACCAUUCUGACAAAGAGCUACUCCAGGCCAAUCCUAAAGUGAACAGCACCAUCCUGUACCGUGAAGAGAGCAGCUAUAACCUGGUGGACCAAUCUGAGGAACAGAUCCAGGAGGGGCACGACACAGUAUACUCUGAGGGUUAUGGAUACGACUAUGGUUUUGAAGAAGACGAAUAUUUCUUCAACUAUGAUGGAUUUGUUGGUCCUAAAGGAGAACCGGGUCCUCCGGGUCCCGCCGGCCCCCCAGGUCUCCCCGGACCCCCUGGAAAGAGAGGACUGCGGGGUCCAGCUGGUCCUCACGGGAGUCCCGGGCCGCCUGGUUCACCUGGUCUGAAGGGAGCAAAAGGUGAUCCUGGACUGUCCCCGGGUCAAGCGCCGGCAGGUGAAAAGGGUGAAAGAGGACGGCUAGGUCCACAGGGUCCCAAAGGUGAAGCAGGUCUAAAGGGUCCCAAAGGCUAUCCAGGACCAGCAGGUCUACCCGGAGAACAGGGUUUGCCAGGAUUGCCGGGUGUAUCUGGGGUGGCAGGUUACCCUGGCAGGCAGGGUUUGGCAGGACCGGAGGGAAACCCUGGACCUAAAGGUGUCAAUGGAUUCAUCGGACCCCCAGGGGUUGCAGGAGCACCAGGUCUGGAGGGAGAGAGAGGAAAUCCAGGUCCUGUGGGAAUCAAGGGUCCCAAAGGAAGACCGGGUGUUGUUGGUGAUGCUGGUGAGCGAGGGCCGCCCGGACCAGACGGAAACCAGGGUCCUGUCGGAGGAAGCGGCAGCAGUGGAUUCCCAGGCUUGAGAGGCGAUCCGGGGCCCGAGGGACCCCGCGGCUUUCCUGGCAUUGUGGGACCUCAGGGCCUGACUGGAGGGGCGGGGCCUCCUGGAAUGAAAGGUGAUAAGGCUGAACCUGGACUGAGGGGUGACCCGGGAGAGACUGGAUAUCAGGGCGACAAGGGGACCGCUGGGAAUCCAGGUCCGACGGGACCACGCGGAAAACCAGGACCUCUCGGGAAACCAGGAGACCCGGGACCGCAGGGGCCUCCGGGGCCGCCAGGACCUGAGGGUUUCCCAGGAGACAUUGGUGCACCAGGACCCAACGGCCCCCCAGGACCAAAGGGUAUUCAAGGAGCCCGGGGCCCCCAGGGACCACCAGGGCCAAAAGGAACAGAGGGAGACGAAGGCCCCCCGGGUCCACCUGGAAAACCUGGUCCCACUGGACGAAUAGGUCAGAAGGGUUUCAUCGGUGAACCAGGACCUGAAGGACUGAAGGGAGAAAUUGGUGACCCAGGGAAUCCUGGAAAACACGGCCCCCCUGGUCCGGCGGGACUGAUAGGAAUAACCGGAGUUAGCGGACAACCUGGAGAAAAGGGUGAUCGAGGUCCUCCUGGUCCUUUGGGUCCUCCAGGAGAGAAAGGUUCAACAGGGUAUCCGGGUCUUCCAGGAGGUCCUGGGGAUUUCGGCCCGCAAGGUCCACCAGGUCCACAAGGGCCGAGAGGAGCAGCAGGCAUUUCCGGGCCGAAAGGAAGAAGGGGCCCCAGGGGACCUGAUGGCCCUCCAGGAGAGCCGGGCCCUGAGGGGGUAAAGGGUGAAAAGGGAUUGCCAGGGAAGAACGGAGCUCCUGGAUUCAUCGGUAAAGCUGGAGCUCCAGGGAAGAGAGGAGCAGCAGGAGCGCCUGGUAAAGCAGGUCCUCCCGGGAGCACAGGUGAAAGAGGUGGUCCAGGUGAACCUGGCUCCAGAGGCCCUCCGGGGGACCCGGGACCAGAUGGAGAGCAAGGUCAUGAGGGACCUCAAGGACCUGAAGGAGAGCAAGGGCCUGUGGGUGAACCUGGAAUCAAGGGUGAAAUGGGGCCUGUCGGAGAGGAGGGUGAUGUGGGCCAACCGGGCAUCAGAGGUCCUCCAGGGCCAUCUGGAGAGGACGGGCAUCAAGGGAAGGACGGACCAAAGGGUGAACCAGGCAAUCAUGGACCAAUGGGAGAAGCCGGAGAAAGAGGCGAGAUUGGUGACUUUGGCCCAAUAGGACCUCCUGGAGAUUUUGGGAAAAAGGGCUUCCCGGGACCUGAGGGCAAACAGGGUCUGCCGGGUAACCGAGGACGUCCAGGAAAAAAAGGUGAAAAAGGGCCACCAGGUCACUUGGGAGAAAUGGGUUCAUCUGGCGAAAUCGGACAGACGGGGGAGAGAGGACUCAAAGGUGCUCGUGGGACCAGAGGACCUGCAGGUCGACCAGGAGCUAUGGGACCUCAGGGAGAACCAGGACUUCAAGGUUUCACAGGUCACACUGGUAAGCAAGGUCCAGCAGGCCCCCCGGGACCAAAGGGAGAAAAGGGUUACCCAGGAGAAGACAGUAAAAUGGCAGGACCGCCCGGGCCCUUAGGUGAACCAGGCGCUCCAGGAGAGAAGGGUGAACGUGGGGAACCAGGAGAUGAAGGAUAUCAGGGUCAUGCUGGCGUCACAGGUGUGCGUGGAGCGAUCGGUCAGCAGGGAUCUCCUGGAUCUCCCGGGCUUCCUGGUGAAGAAGGACCCAUAGGCGAGAAGGGAGUUCAGGGACUCGUUGGGAAGAAAGGAUCCCAAGGUCCUGCCGGAGCUCCAGGUCCUGAAGGUCCGGUCGGUUUGCCGGGGCCCAGAGGGACAGAUGGGUAUCCGGGCUCCGAUGGUCUUCCUGGUCUUCCUGGUUUACCGGGUCUGCCAGGAUCCAAAGGCCGAGCAGGUCAGCACGGUGACGCCGGUCUUGAGGGAGGGGCGGGACUUCCUGGUCCGCGGGGCGAGCUCGGACUUCCUGGAGCCAUCGGAGAGAGAGGGCCAGCGGGGUCAAAGGGUGAGAUGGGUUUGGCGGGUGACAGAGGACCGGGGGGUGCUAAAGGCAUGGAGGGGGCGACGGGAGACCAGGGCAUGAAAGGAGAGCAAGGUGCUAAAGGAGAACCAGGUGAGGUGGGAGACGCAGGCAUGCUGGGACUCCAGGGCUUUCCGGGACCCAAGGGUCCAGAUGGAGAUUUGGGGUUCGCCGGUAUUCCCGGACUCAAAGGAGCGAUGGGAAUUCUGGGUGUCUCUGGUCCUGUAGGUCCGCUGGGAACGAUCGGUCCGGUUGGGAAGCCUGGUAACAGAGGAGCCAAAGGAAGCCGUGGAGAGAUGGGGCCUCAGGGGCCACAGGGCACUCCAGGGCCACAGGGGCCUCCAGGUUCCCCCGGCCCGUCGAUACGCAUUAAUACGGAUGUUCACUCGCUGAUGGAGUCCGAUGCACAUCUAGAGCUGGAGAGUUAUCAGAGCUCAGACGCGUCUCUGUCGCAGCAGAGCGCUGAGAUCUUCAGGACGCUGCAGUAUCUGAGCAGCGUCAUCCACAGCAUGAAGACGCCGCUGGGAACCAGAGAAAACCCGGCCCGCUUCUGCAGAGACCUGCUGGACUGCACACACACCAUGAGCGACGGAUUGUUCUGGAUCGAUCCAAAUCUGGGCUGCACGUCUGACGCCAUCCAGGUGUUCUGUAACUUCACGGCAGGAGGACAGACGUGCUUGAACCCCGUUACGACAGAUAAGGCCGUGUUUGAUGUGGGGAAGGUCCAGAUGAAGUUCUUACACUUACUGAGCGUCUCGGCGACCCAAACCGUUUCCCUCCACUGCUUCAGCGACCCGGCGACCGUUGCCGUGGAAAAGCCUCGGGCCCUGCGUUUCCGGGGCUGGAACGGCCAGGUGUUCGAAGAAAACUCGCCUCGGGGUCCACAUGUGAUACAGGACGACUGCGAGAUCCGUGAUGGCAGCUGGCAUCUGUCACGAUUCCUGUUUCAAAGCCAAGGCACUCAGCAGCUUCCCAUCGUGGACAUUCAAGGUGUCCAUCCCUCGCGUCCAGGAGACCAGCGGCACGUGGAAGUGGGUCCUGUUUGCUUCCUGUGAGAUCACUGAAGGACUUGAAACGGUCCUGAUGCUUAAAUCAGACCAGCAGUGAACAAACCCCACCGAAGACCAAGUUCGUCUCCAACCCGAGUGUUUUGAAAGACUGCUGUUGUGUAUUAUCUGGUGCGGAUUUGACCUUUUCAAACAUGCACAGAGUCUCGGGUAAAGUCCCUGCAGAUUGUGUGGUUGAUGUUUGUUAGCAAACUAUGAAAAGGCCGACCUGGACUCUUUAGACGGUGCUCUACCUCCUUCACGUACAGGUGCUCGCGUUCAGGUGCAUCCAGCCCGAAACAAACUCUACGCAAGGACACAAAUGCAAACUCCGUUUGAUGAUCAUUGUGUUUUAGAGAUUUGUCCCGACAGUCAGUUUUUCUUUUAAAUCAAGCUGGAGGUGCAGUUUAAAGGCCACCUUGCUGAGCAAGUUAAAGAGUUAGAGUAGUUAAUCCAUAGACAGUUUUUGUUUUUGGAUAGAAACACCAAUAAGUGCAUAAAAUCGUAAAAAAUUGGGGCUUCAUGUGUAUCAUGUGUGUGUGUGUGUGUGUGUGUGUGUGUGUGUGUGUGUGUGUGUGUAUAUAUAUAUAUAUAUAUAUAUAUAUAUAUAUAUAUAAAACAUUUUAUGAAAGAUGUGCAUAAAAUCUUUAACAUUUGGAUGGAAAUACUAGUAACUGCAUGGAAUCUUAAAUAAAUGAAAUAAAAAAUUCCAAAAAGCACAUAAAAUUGAAAAGCAAAAAGUGGCAUCAUAUGAAAUAGAAACACCAAGAAGUGUACAAAAUUCUGGAAUGACAGUAAGUGCAUGGAAUCCAAAAACAAAAAUUGGCGUAUCACAUAAAAAAAAUGCUUGAUGGAAAAGCAAGAAAGCACAUUACAUUAAAAAAGGGGGUGGGGGGUAUUAUAUUAAACAUUUCGAAUGAAAACACAAAAAAGUGCAUAAAAAUCUGAACCUUUUGGGGAAUGUCAAAAAAUCUUGAUGGAAACGGCAAGAAGUCCAAGAAUUCAUAAAAAUAUUAGUGUUUUGCAAAAAGCACAUGGAAAGAAAUGCAUAAAAUCGUGGAAAAUGUGGGUUUUGCAUAAAAAAGCUGAAUGGAAAUGGAAAUUUUUUUUGUAAAAUCUUAAAAGAAAUUGGGGUUUCAUAUGAAAAAAAUGCUGAAUGGAAAUGCCAAGAAGCACAUAAAAUCUUACAAAAAAUGGGUAUUACAUAAAAAACUUAAACACAUGUAACAAAUUGGGUAUCGUAUAGAAAUAAUGAAUGUAGACUCCAAGAACUGCAUUUAAAUCUUAAAAUGUGCAGAAAUUAUUAUUGAGGUGGCUACUUUAUUGUUCAGUAAGAAAAUAUGCACAUAAACUAUGAUGGAAACACAUUUACAGCAACUCUUUAUUGCUGAUACUUUUCGCCAGUUUCUCGGGAAGUUGAGAUUUUGUUUGCUCAAACAUGGUACAGAAACAGCAUUUUAUUCACAAAUGUUUUUUGUGAUAUUUGAAUUUCUUUGCAAGUUUUAGAUGGAAACAGCAACAGAGAGAUACAUCGGUUAAAAUCACUUUGAACACCUCAAACACAAGGAUGCAUAAUUUAUCUACAUCAGUCAAUGGUUUGCAUUGGUGUAUUUGUGUGCGGUAUGUUUCUGGCCGUAAGUUGUUUGUUUGUGCUUGCUUUUUCUUUUGUACUUUUGCGUUUGGUCAUUUCGAUCACAACAAACCUAAUUUAUAUGAACAGUGUGUUGAUGAAUAAUGUUACACAUCGGCUUAAUAUACUUUAUACAUUAAGGAGAAAGUUCGCUCGUGACUCUUAAAGAGACGCCACGAGUAUCUCGCAUGCAUGAAAUCGAAGAACAAGGAUACUUGAUGGGAUUUUUAAGUGACAUUGUUAUUUUAAACCAUUUUAAUGUUCCCAGGUGAUAUCAAUAUGUGAAUUUAAAAACAAUCUUUUGAGAUAUUUGUGACAUCUCUGACAUAAGGAAGCCGUUUCUACAAAAAUGUCCCUAAUUCUGAGUUUAUAUCUUGCAAUUCUGACUCUUUCUCCAAAUGUGUGAGAUAAAAGUCACAAUUACUGCAUUUCGAUGGUGAAAAUGUGUUUCCAUAAGGUCAGGGUCAGUCGACUUCUUCGUGGUGCUUCCGUAUUCAGCGUUAGCAAUGAGUUAGUCUUUUUUAUUUUCCCCUUAUGUAUAUUUGGACAUUAUAUGUUUGUUUAUUUAUGUUAUCUUUUUAUUUCUUAAAAAUACUGUACUCCAAUAAAUUAUAUCUCUCAGAGAUCUCUCUGGUCGCUCACCAUUUAGUUCGAAAUCUUAUUUAUGUCAAAUUUGUUUUUGUAUAUAAACACACAAAGGGAGUGCAUAUGUUGUUCUGGCAGCUGCAAUUGGCCAGAUUCAGAUCACAUGAUCACACACAGGAAGAGUAACACUUGUUAACUUAUGAUUACAGUAUCAAAACUGUCACUAUUUGUGCGUACAGAAACAAAACAAAGAUGAAAAAUGUAAAUACCUAAUAUUUUACAUUAAAUAAAAUGAUUUAAUCCCAA